AUCAGAAAUCAGAGGAAACACAAGGGGUCGCAGGACCUUGCCAGUCCCGCCAGUAAUCCAUGUUCCCAAUCAACUAGUAGGAGCUCCUCUAGGGACUGAUUUAGAAUUGGAAUGUUUUCUUGAAGCAUCGCCAAAGGCCAUACAUUAUUGGAUCAAGGAUAUGGGAGCAAUUAUCAUUUCUGAUACAAGGCAUGUUGUUCAAACUGUGGCCAAAUCACCCUUUGAGGUUCAAAUGACUUUAAGUAUUCGAGAUUUUCAAAAACAAGACAUAGGCUCUUAUAGUUGUACAGCAAAAAACUCUCUAGGCGAAAUGGAAAGUAACAUUCGUUUAUAUGAAAUUGCAGGCCCAACGAAAGCUCAAAAUGCUAUUCAUCCUGGUCCGUACGGCGAAAAUCAAAGUGAAGAAGAGGAUAAUAUCACUUUGUACCGAGCAACAGAUGUGACCAAAAUGAGAAGCAAUCCUUUAGACAAUAAAGUUUAUUGGUAUAUUGGUCAGGCAACUGCAUCGCUUCCUUCGCCGACUGUUAAAGCGAACAAAAAUCAUAUUUCUAUUGUUAAAAUUUCACCUUCAGUAGGCUUAAAGUUACAAUCUGGAACCAGUGUCAUAAACAUGUUAUUCAUUGUGUUUUAUUAUUUUAAAUGGUAA